CACUCGAGCCAGCGUGCGGGGAGCAUUGCCACUACCAGCAGAUCCGUUAUUAAUGACUUGAGCCUGAUACGGCGCGGAAGCAGAAUGUUCUAAGGCCUCAGCCGUUCCCGGGCCAGGAAGGAGCCUGCGCAGAGCCGGCAGCCAUGGUGGAGCUACGGGAGAUGGACUGCAACGUGCUUCGGCACCUCCUGCAUCGCGGGGACCGCAACGGCGGGAACUACAACCAAAACGGCGGCGGCGGCGGCGGCACCGGCACCACCACCACCAGUAGCAGUUCCUCCCCUCCUCCCGCUGGCGGGAAGUGCCUCCUUUUGGACUGCAGGCCCUUCCUCGCUCACAGCGCCGGCUACAUCUGCGGCGCGCUCAACGUGAGGUGCAACACCAUCGUCCGACGGCGGACCAAAGGGUCGGUCAGCCUGGAGCAGAUCCUGCCGGCGGAAGACGAGGUGCGCUCCCGCCUGCGCUCGGGUCUCUACUCGGCCGUGGUUGUGUACGACGAGCGGAGUCUGCGGGCCGAAUCUCUGCGAGAGGAUAGCACCGUGUCGCUGGUGGUGCGGGCGCUGCGCAAGGACGCGGAGCACACGAACAUAUGCUUGCUGAAAGGUGGCUAUGAAAGAUUCCAGUCAGAAUAUCCAGAAUUCUGCACAAAGACAAAAUUUCUUACAGCAGCCUCAACUUUGGCACCUGUGGAGCAUCUGGAUCAUAACUGCAGUUCCUGUGGGACACCACAGUAUGAUCAGGGUGGACCAGUGGAAAUCUUGCCUUUCCUCUUCCUUGGCAGUGCUCAUCAUGCAGCUCGGAGGGACAUGUUGGAGGCCUUGGGAAUCACGGCCUUAUUAAAUGUUUCAUCGGACUGCCCCAACCACUUCGAAGGACACUUUCAAUACAAGUGCAUUCCAGUAGAAGAUAACCACAAAACUGACAUCAGCUCCUGGUUCAUGGAAGCCAUCGAAUACAUAGACGCUGUUAAGGUGUGUCAUGGACGGGUGCUUGUGCACUGCCAAGCUGGCAUCUCCCGAUCAGCUACCAUCUGUUUGGCUUAUCUAAUCAUGAAGAAGCGAGUCAAGCUUGAGGAGGCCUUUGAGUUUGUCAAGCAACGUCGGAGCAUCAUUUCUCCAAACUUCAGCUUCAUGGGUCAACUGCUUCAGUUUGAAUCCCAAGUGCUGACCACAUCAUGUGCUGCUGAGGCUGUGAGCCCCUCAGGAACGCUACGAGAAAGGGGGAAGAGCUCCUCCACGCCUACGUCCCAGUUCGUUUUCAGUUUCCCUGUCUCUGUGGCAGUGCAUUCCACUUCAAGCAGCCUCCCUUACCUGCAUAGCCCUAUCACCACCUCUCCCACCUGCUAGAGUAAGCCUUUGGGGUUACACCUAGGGACGUCGAAGGACACAAUCCUACAGCCCCGUUGGCAAUCACUAUAGGCAAUAAAAACUCUGCUCCCUCCCCCACUCCCCUACAGCCAAAUGGAAUGCACCAAAGAUGGAGCAAUUAUGGUCAACGUUGCAGCUAGAACGGAACCUAGUGGGGCGGUGGUUCUGGCAUGUUCUUUCUUGGCAAGAUGUUUUACCUCAUUUUCUAAAAUUAUAUAAAAUAUAAAAAGCUUGAAGUUUUAAAGUCCUGAUAAUGUUUUGGGGUGUUGGGGAGGGAAAGUCAAAAGAAAGUCAAAGGAAAGUCAAGGGCUCAAAUGUGGUUGAACAUCAGGCUGAGUUGUGUUAAUCUGAGCCAGUGGUCCCAAUAUUUUGGACUAUAGAUUUCAGAAUUUCAGCCAGCGUGAACCUACAGUCCCCAAAUACAUAAGGGUGAGCAGGUUGGAGUAUCUGCGUAUGUGUGAAGAGCUUGCUAGGGCAGGGCACACUUCAAAAACGAUUGGGAAGGAAAGUUUUGGGUCUUAUGUGAGCAGAGCCUCUCUGCUUUUUUUUAUCGAAGCACCUUGUCUUUUUCAGGCUUCUGCAUAAGCAAUAGUUGCAUUAAAUAAAGCAGCUAUUAAAAAUAGCUGCAUCUUUUGAUCAGCCUUGCUUGAAGCCAGAAUCAAGGGCUGCUUUAUCAAACGCACAAGAAGUCUUGGAUUUAGACAAGGUCCAAAACAAGGUGUCCAAUUUGGUUUUGAAAUGUGCAUUCUCCUAGUGUCUGCAUCUGAUCACCUUGUAUCAGCAGCAACCCCUGAGGUGGACAUAUUUUAUUAAAGUGCCUGGUUUUUGGAGUUCUUGAUUGGAAUUUAUAACAUAACCUAAUGCCACCCAUUUUGCUAAGCUGAAGUUUUGCAUAAAGAAAGGGAAAAGAAUUGAAGGCUCACUGUGAAGUGACCAGAUUCUUUCCAUGUGUCUGAAACCAAUUUAAAAUGAAAAAAAUAAUGCAUUUGGAUUUAUGAACAAAGGGAAGAUACUAUUUUUGAGACAACUUGGGAAAUGCCAGCAAACCUGGAAAUGCUUGCUUGUCCUCCCAGCUUUUGCCUCUGAGGGUGAUGUGACAAGAACAGGGUCUUCAUGUUUAUAUAGGAUUCUUGGUUCCUGAUUAUGCCUCUCUGGUAUGAUAAUUUGAUCAGCCCUAAGUUAGUAACCUGUGGCCCUUGUUUCUCCUCUUGCUGGGAAGGAAGCUUUUUAUAUCACCUGAAUAAUAGUAAACGGGCUUCACUGACACAAAUGGAUAGGUAUGUUUUUUCCUUCUUCAUCUAACACAGGCCAGAUUCCCUGCAUGCCAAGUGAUUUAGUGUCUUGAGUCAUCAGGGAAGAAAGCAUUCUUCCAAGCAGCAUCUCCAGCAGUGACUUGCUGAAGAUGCUCAAGUCUCAUAAGCUCCAGUCAGUAUAGCCAACUUUUAAGGAUAAUAGAAGCUGACAGAAUAUUUGGUGAGAAUCCGAUUAGGAAAGGCUGAAUCUUUCCCAGGCAUGCUGGCUUGGGAAUUAUGGGAGUUGAAGUCCACACUUCAUAAAUUUACCAUGGUUGAGCAACACUACUUUAAAAUAAUCCUUCAUGUGGAUCCUCAAAGAAGAUUUAAGUGUUGCACUCUCCCUCCCCACGAAUCCUACAUAAAGUGGAAACUAAGACCUUUGCAGCCACCUUAAGAGAAAGGGCAUGGAGGGAGAUAUUUUUUUCUUUAAGAGAGAUGCCAGCCUGUAGGAUUCCUAGAUAGCAAGGAUAUACCCUUUGGUUCAGAUCAAACUCCUCUGAUUUAAUGCUGAAGCCAAUUUUAAGUAGGAAUUUUGAGCAAAACAUACAAUUCCUACUGGGAUUUAGCCCUCAUUUCUUUUGAGGUAUAUCCUCACGCUGUAAAAUUCCUGGCCUUUCUCCAGUCCCUGGAGUCUCCAGACUCCUGGCCUUUCUCCAGUCUCACAUUGCUGUCCCCGCCCCAAAUUGGGCCCAUCACGUUAUGCCAAAGAUAGCCACAUGAAUCUUCUAUGCUUAAGCUAGUCUUUCAGAAUAGAAUGGUUUCAUGUUUUGCUCCUUGAUGAUUAUAUAGCUUGGGAGAGUUUUACUCUGAAGAGAUCUUUGACUUCCUUAAAAGAUUAGCUUAUUUUUACUGUAGCACGUCAGGUGCCUAUGGAUGAUAAGUGUUUUCACAGGCAGGAUCUUGCAGGUUCUGCCACCGGUGGGUACAAUAUGGGAAGUUUGCACACCCCUUCGAACAUGACUUGGCCUACCCUUCAGUCAAAGUUUUUGAUACCACACCUAGCCCAAUUGUGUGUAUUUUAUAUAGAAUGUCUAAAUUGCAUGUGUGUUUUUUUUAGAUUGUGACUCUGUUUAAUUUAUUGCUUGAUAAUUAGUUGAAAUAAAUUUUCAGCUGUGGUUACUUUUCAUAAUGAAAAUUAAAAGGCUCAUUCAUU